CUUGCGAUGUUUGUCGUGUAAUAUUCGAAUUCGGUCAGCACGAGCGUAGUGUAGAUGCCCUGCAUAGUGCCGCGUACGUUAACAAGGAUCUCUUUCGGAUUUGCAUCAGUUAAUGGACUACGGCCUUUAGACUGACUAACAAGCUGCUUGCUAGUCUGAUAGAAGAUUUACAAAAUGCAAAAUUGGAACCAAUGGCCGUUGUCAACUGGUGUUACGGCUCCAUUGUCGCAGCCACCAAUUGGCUACGUUACACCAGCAACUGGCGCAGAUACCACGACCAUGAUGCAGAAUUAUAUGCAAUAUUAUAAUCAACCAACGCCUACUGGAUAUACACCGGAACAAUGGGCAAUGGCACAACAGCAAGGUUGGGCUCAAUGGCAACAAUGGAAUCAACAGUAUCAACAAUGGCAAACGCAAUAUGGCGAUAAGUAUCAGGAGAUGAAGCAUGUACCAGUGCAGAAUAUGAAUUUGCCGGGUCAGAUGCAAGUAACAUCAAGUGUGCCACCACCGCCUCUUCCUAAAGAGGAUACCCGACCUCCUUUACCUCCUACAACAAAUACAUAUCAGUUUACGAAUAUGCCACCUCCACACCAGAACAAUCUUCCAUUAUUCCCUGCAAAAGAAUCUGCUGAUAAGAUAACGUCACAAGCAAAUAUAACAAAUCCACCACUACCUACAAGCCAACCACCCUUACCACCUGAAAUCAAUAGGGAAAAUAUUACAGCUGAAAAAUCCAGUAGUAAUGUAAUUAGUGAUUCCAAAAGUGCUAAAAAAUUAAUCUCUGAAGAGGAAUUGACUGAAGCUGAGAAAACAUUCGAUGUACAGUUCAAACAGUGGGAACAACAAUUUAAUACAUGGAAGCAACAAAACGCCAAUCAUCCAGACAAGACUCAGUAUAAACAAUACGAAGCAAAAUGGACUUCAUGGCGUGAGAAGCUGCUCGAACGACGAGAACAGAUGCGUAAAAAACGCGAACAACAGAAACAGGCUGCUGCGAAAGCAGAAGUCGAAAAAAAUAAAAAUGUAUCUGGGGACGAUAAAAUACUAAACAUCUUAUCGAACACUGAAAAUCAAGGAUUAAUCAAUAAUCUAUUGGGUAUUGGGAAAACUUUGGGUCUUACAGGGAAGCAAAAUAUUUCUGCAUCUUUAGUGCCCCCACCGCCACCGCCACCAAUGCCAGAAACCACAAGUUCUAGUAAUCAACCUGUCACACAAAGAAUACAUAAACUUCCAUCACAACUAAAUAUGAUUGGACCUGCAGUACCGAAUUGGUCCAAUUCGCAACAAUGGGGAAAUCAACAAUAUAAUCCUAGAAUAGAAGCACCGACGUAUGGUCUCGGAAUAUCGACAAUGCCUCCGAUGCUCUCAAUGUCGGAUAUUGGGCCAUCUCAAAUCUCGUCAAAUUUUGCACAACCACAGCUGAAUAUGCCAAAUAAUGUUAUACCAAAUUUUUCGCAACCUCCACCAAAUUUUUCUAAUAAUGAUCGAACGCAAUUACCAAAUGUAAAAGCACCAGGUCUAGCAAACACAAAUGAUUGUCCUCCGUUUGGUUCAGCUGAUUCUUCAAGCAUGGACAAGCGUUUUAUGCAUCCAAAUGAUCGAUUAUCUCAUAGUUUUGACGGACAGCCCAACUUCAAAAGAGGUGAUCAUGAACGUUUUGGACGAGAUAAUAUUAAUCCAAAUUUGCACGAACAAGAAUUCAGACCUUCUACUGAUAAUUUUGAUGAAGCCGAAGCGCAACAUUUUAGAAGAGGUGAAAAAAAUUACAAUGAUUUUGGGAAUAAUCAAUUAAACUCGCAGAAUAAUUUUAAUUCAGGUAAUGAUCGGUUUGGGCCAACAAAAGAUCAUUUUGCGUCAGGAAAUAAUCGUUUUAGCGAAAAUAAUAGAUUUGGAUCGAUGGGAGGUGAUAGGUUUACAUCAGAAGGUGAUCAAUUCGAACCAAACAAAGAUCGUCCUGGUCCAAGUGAUCGGUUUAACAAUGAAUGGUUUAGACCGGAGGACGAUCGAUUCAGACCUGGAAAUGAUCGGAUCGGGAUGGAUAAAGAUCACCGUGGACCUGGAAAUGAUCGAUUUCCAGAUAAUGAGCGAUUUGGAUCAGAUCGGUUUGCACCAGGUGGAGAACAAUUUGUUUCUGGAACUAAUCGUUUCUUUUCUGGUAAUGAUCGAUUUGGGUCUAAUAACGAGAAUUUUCGACCGAAUGAUAGAUUUGAUAGAGGUAAUUUCGAUUCGAACGAUUCAUCUGAUAAUAGACGAGACAGUUUCGGUACUAAUACCCGGAGUUUCAUUAGAAAUUCAUCAUUCAAUCCGUCAAACGAACUAUCGCCAGAACUGAAGAAACUCAUGGAAAAGCGAAAAGCAGCAGGAGACGUAUUUAGACCCAGUUUUAUCGAUUCCGACAAGUCCACUGGUAUUGGUUCUCUUAGCGAGAGUUUUAAAAAAAUUGCCGGUCACUCACUCUUUAAAAGUUCCUUUGAUUUUCAGAAAAAUUCAGCGAAUCGUAGUGAAGCAGCGAGUAGCGGAUUAUCAAGCUUUCAAUCACAUUCUUCUGAUUUGGGUCAAAUUUCUACUUCAUUAUAUGGAUCACGAAGUCACUUUUUCAGUCACGAACCUCCUUUUAAAGGACGUCCAGAUAGCUUUGCUAAACAUAAUCCUAUAGAUUACAAUGAACGAGGAAAGAAUAUGGAAAUCAAAUCGCAUCCCAAUCAAUUCCAACUAACAAAUACUGAACCACAAGAUGUUAAACGUUCUGAAAAUAUUGAAACUAUUGAUGUUGAGUCAUCGCUGCAAACUGAUAAUGUUACAGAUGCAAAAGAUAUGGAAGCAACGCAAGUGAAUGAGGCUGAUAAUUCUAUUGAGCAAAAUAACAUCGUUUCUUCUGACAACUUAAAGGAUGAUAAUGGAGAAAAAAAUAAAAUUAUUAACGAUGAUAAUUCUUUGCAACAGGAUAACAAGAAACAAGAUAAUAAAAUCCAAAGCAACAUCGAAAGUACAAAUAACUCUAAUAAUGAUGUCAAGAAGCCUGAAAGUUUGCCCUUCAUGGGUGAAAAUGACGUACCACCAGUAGAUUUGAACAUUGAACCACCACCGGAAUUACCCAAUUUGUGUCCCAUUUCUACGGACUCCAAUCAAAAUAUACCAUCGAAUUUAAACAAAGAUUUUAAUAGAAAGAGACCAGCUGAUAAUCAAUUCGAUUUACGUUUUAAUAACAGCUUUGGCUCCAAAAGAAUGGAAUUUAAUUCUUGUAUGCCAUUUACACCUCGGGGACCUCCAAUGUUUAGUCCCGGAUGUUCUCGCGCAUUUUUAACUGAUCCUUCAAGUCCAUUCUUAUCGCAAGGUUCUAUGGGUCCACGAGGUCCCAAAGAUGGCCAAUUUGGGCUUAAUGUCUUAAGUGAAAAUCGUUUCAGUCCUAGAAGAUCUAAUGAUGAGCAAUGUGGUGAUCAAGAUUGUAAUGACGAGUUAUCUGAACCAAAUAGUGAGAAAUUUAAUCCACGUGGUUCUGUAGAUGAGUUAUUUAAUCAAUUUGGACCUCGAGCGCUCAUAAACAUGAAGUUCGGCCCGAGAGGACCCAUGGAUCGUCAGAUUGGAUCAAGGGGAAUUGAUUUACCGUUUUCUUUGCGAAAUCCUAGCCCAUUUGGACCUAGAGGCAACAAUAUGCAAUUUAGUUCUAGAAGAGUUAAUGAUCGUUUAGAUUCUCGAACAACGUCCGAAAGACCAUUUGGACUGCGAGGGCCCAAUGAUGGAUCAUUUGGUCCUAGAGGGCCCAAUGAAGGAUCAUUUGGUCCUAGAGGGCCCAGUAAUACAUUUUUUGGUACUAGAUGUUCUUCCGAUUCGCAGUCCAGUUUUAUGGGGUCUAAUAAGUUUGGUAAAGCAAAUGAAGCAUCAUUUGAUAAGAGACCUUUUGAUAAUAGUGGAUCAUUUAACUUUUCUGAUGAAAAAGCUAUUGAUUUUCAGACAUCUAAUGAAGAUCUGACUAGUCCUCGCGGUUCUAAUGAAUCUGUUCCACUUGGUUCUUGCGAUUCAAAUGAUGCUGUACUUCAACAUAACCCGAGGAAUGAGAGCCGAUUUGAAUCUCGAGAUUGUAAUAGUGGAUCCUUUGGGUCAUCAGACUUUAAAGCAAAAGAUCCGAUGAAUGAUUCAACUAAUUCAAAUUUUCCACCUCCGAGCGAUUCUUUACUUAAUCGCGGCGAUAAUUUGCAUAGAAAUUCUUACAUUAGAAAAGAACAGUUUGAAGAUAAUAUUUUUGUUAAAAAAGCCAGAUAUGAAAGCCCGAAACCGACUGAUGAAUUUAAUAGGAAUUGUCCUGAUAGAAAUAUCGAAAUGCAGAAAGAAAAUAAUAGUGAAUAUAUCGGACAUAUACCUGAUCUUAAUAAAAAAGAGACUGUAUCUUGUCCAGGAUAUGGACCUAGUGAUUGGAAGGAUAAGUUUGGCAAAGUUCAGAGGCCCGGUGCAGAGCAUAAUAUUGAUAAGAACAUUUCAAGUACAUUUGACGAGAAAUCAAGAUCAGAAAGAACUAUGAUUGAACCGAAAGUGGGUGAUUGUAAAACUCAAUACAGUGAAUCUACAACUACAUCCGAAUUUCAAUCAAAAUAUGCCCCUAAUUUAUUGAUGAGGAGACCAAAGAAUGAUGAAGAAUUUUGUGUGCAGAAGCAGUUUAAUUAUAAUCACGGCGAAGAUAAAAAAAUUGUUGAAUCACUUCACUUCACACCGACAAAGAUUAUUGAUUACGGGCAUAUGUCUCGUGCUUCGAUUAUGGAUCAGCAACUGUCGUCAGUCCAGAGCUUUGAUUACGGUCACGGAAAUCUAAAGCCCGAUCUGCAGCAACAUCAUUAUCCAAAGACAGAUUUUAGGAAUUGGGUGGAGGACGAGCAGAAUCUGCAAGAAUAUGAUGACAAGAUGAACUACUACGAAAAUACAAAGGGAAAAUAUGCUGGAAAAACGAGGAACUACAAAAAUACAAUGAAUUUUGACGUGUGCAAAUUAGUGGACUAUAAUAAUCGAAAGGAACAUGAUUGGCAAUCGAAUAAUGAUAAAAAAAUUGAUGAGGAAAAGAAAGAGAAUGUUGACUAUAAAGAGAGAGGACAUAAUUCCGAAUCAGAAUUUCGAAGUUUCGAACGAAUUGAUAAUGACCAGAGCGACCAAUAUCAAAGUGAUAAAAACGUUUAUAAAGAUACAGAACGAAUUCAAGAGAUACGUGACAGUUCCCGAAAGGAAAUAAAUAAAGAUAAUGACAAAGAUGAUAAUAGAUUGAAAGGAAAUGUUAAUUGGCAGGAGAAUGCAAACAAAAACGUCGUAGAUACAAAACUACAAGAAACCAGUCUUCCUCCAGAUACAAAGAAAAAUGUUGCGGAAUCAACUACGAAAACCCUGGAAUUGGCAAAAAUGCCAAAUUUUACGAUGGUCGAUGACUUAUUGUGUCCGCCAGGUCGCCAGAACAGACCACCAAAAAUAGCUAUCAUCCUCAGAGGACCACCCGGUAGCGGCAAGUCUUUUGUGGCUAAACUUAUUAAGGAUAAAGAAGUCGAGCAAGGUGGUUCUGCGCCGAGAAUAUUGAGUUUAGAUGAUUAUUUUCUUGUCGAAAAGGAAAUAGAGAUUAAGGAUGAUAAUGGAAAGAAAGUUAUAGUUAAGGAAAUGGUAUAUGAAUACGAAGAGGCUAUGGAACAGAGUUAUGUGACAUCUCUUAUUAAAGCUUUUAAGAAAAAUAUAACCGAUGGAUUCUUCAAUUUUAUCAUAUUAGACUGCAUUAACGAGAAGAUUUCGGAUUACGAAGAGAUGUGGAGUUUCGGCAAGACAAAAGGUUUUAAAGUGUAUGUAUGCGAAAUGGAGAUGGAUCUACAGAUAUGUUUGAAGAGAAAUGUUCACAACCGUACCGAGGAUGAAAUUAAUCGGAUAAUAGAUUACUUUGAACCUACACCCAGUUAUCAUCAGAAGCUAGAUGUAAAUUCGAUGUUGCAAGAGCAAGCAAUAGAAGAGGUGGAUAUGGAAGAUAGUCAACAGACGCAUGAGAAAUCUGCUACGCAAACUGAAGAUAGUCAAGAUAGCCAGGAAGAUAUUCAGGAUGCAAUUGGUGUUAGUAAAUGGGAGAGAAUGGAAGCUGAAGAUAAGCUGGAUCGAUUGGAUGGUUUGGCAAAGAAGAAAAACGAAACAAAACCGCAAACUAUGGAAGAUUUCCUACAAGUUCCCGAUUAUUACAAUAUGGAAGAUACUUCUGGUAAAAAACGAGUACGUUGGGCUGAUCUAGAAGAACGUAAAGAGCAGGAAAAAAUGCGUGCUGUUGGAUUUGUUGUUGGACAUACUAAUUGGGAUCGAAUGAUGGACCCUACAAAAGGUGGAAGCGCUUUAACACGCACAAAGUUUUUCUCGCUUUCAUAAGAUGAUACCAAUAAUUUAACGUGAGCAUUAAAAAUGAAGUACAGCA